CUAUACGGCAGGGACGUUCGUUCCGCCCACACUCAUCUCCAGGAGCGGCCUCCGCUCCACGUGACAGCGCUGUCAUCUUGGAGGACUUCAGCAGUGAAAGCCGCUCUAGGCCGCUCGGCAGACUCUAUGGUGAUCCCGGCUGGACCCGGAGAUGCAGCUCACAGUGAAAGCGUUAAAAGGCAAAGAGACGAUUCUUCAGGUCUCUGAAAAUGACACCAUCCUCACAGUGAAAAGACUGGUAGAAGACAAGUUGCAGGUACCAGUGUCCCAGCAGAGGCUGCUGUUUAGAGGCAAAGCCCUCUCAGGUAUACAUAGCCUAUCCUUUUACUGCAUUGGACCUGCACUCCAGGCUCAACCUGAUGGGGAAAGAACGAGCGUCCCAGAGGCGGGAGGAACCCAGUUAGGGAAAUCACUAGCUGUUAUCCGAAGACAUUUUAGCCCCUCCGAUGCAGAGAGAAUUCUGGAGCAUGUGCAGAAGGACUAUGACCGCAGCCUGUCGCUACUCAGCCUGGAUGACAUUGAGCGGCUGGCGACACGAAUUCUUCACCCACAGCUACCAGAAACCAUAGACCUCGGAUUCCUGGACUGACACCCCUUCACAAUGUACUUGUUUCCCAGUCCUGUACAGUACCCAAAUUGCAUCACUAUUGCAAUAAAACAUAAAAAUGA